AUGGUCUUGAAGUUUUACAAAAAUAACACAAGGACUGCGGAAAUAAAAGCGUCAUAUAAUGGAAAUAUAUUGCAAAAUUCUGGAUGCUCACCUGAUGAUAAGUUUGCCAUUAUACUUCAUGGAUGGAUUCAAAGCUGUGCUGACAGUUGGGCGCUUGCACUCAUUGAUCGUCUAAAUUUUUAUCGCGGAGGAUGCGUUGUUUGCAUUGAUUACAGCAUUUUUGCCAGUUCUUCCUAUCUGCAACUUUUGGCAAACUUUGACAACAUUUUGAAUGCAAUGGUCUCAAUUAUACAUUCCCUGAUAGCAUCCGGCUUUGACCCUAACCGUGGCUAUAUGUUUGGGUUUAGUUUUGGUGGUCAAUUGGCGUCCGCAGUUGGUCGUGCUCUGAGACCUAAAUACCUUUUUCGAAAUAUAGACACUUGCGAUAUGGCUGGUCCUGGCUUUGAUCCCAUUGCUCACGAUCACUCGAGAGCUGCAAAAUUUGUCCAAUGCUUUCAUUCGAGUCGCGAUAAGGGCACAUUUAUUUUUUCUUGCCAUCGGAACGUGAUGUUGGGAAGUUGUGGCCUCAGUCAACCUUCGUUGGCCAGUCAAUUGCAUUUAGGAAGUCAUGGCCUUUGUGUAGAUAUUUAUAUAAAUACUUUUGAUUAUCCAUUUUACGCACUAAAAUCUCCGCCAGCUGAGUGCAUGUCAUUUAAACCAGCAGCGGUAAUACCAAAUGACUACACUGUGGGAUAUGAAGAUAACUUUAACAAGCAAGUAAUUGGAAACAUCUUCGUACCGACAAGCUUACAUUAUCCAUACAAUUUAUCAAAAAAGGAUUUAAGCAUUAUAUCAAAGAAUAAUGUCUAA